UGCAUUUGGGGUGUCCCUCUGCCUGCCCUCCAGACAGAAAGAAGGAGGAAGGCCUAGAGGUCCCACUAGGCGGGCACUGAGUGCUGGUGACAGGAAAGGAAUGGAAGAGAAAAAAGAGAAGACAAGAAGGAAACAAAAGUCAUAAGUCCUACAUUUAAUGUCCCAAAAUUCUGUCUUCAUUCCAGCUCCACAUGCUGAGGGCUUGGAGGUUCUUGCCUGAGGAUAUUGCCAGCAGCUUUAGCAGGGACGACAACAUCUGCUGCCACCAUAGCAGUUGGUGAUGCAGGAGAUGUCAAAGCCCCCGGAGCUGAUGGGCACUCCGCCACAGCUGAGGAUGUUGCCAACAGCAGCGGAGGUGCGGCGCCAGGCUCCAGACAUGUCCUGCUCUGAGAAGUGCCAGCAGUGCCAGCCCUGCAACCCUUGCAGCCAGUCCUGCGGCCCCUGCCCGCUGGCCAGCAGCUGCAAUGAGUGCUGUGUCAGGCAGUGCCAGAGCUCCCACGUUGUCAUUGAGCCGCCUGCUGUGCUGGUGACCCUGCCCGGCCCCAUCCUCAGCUCCUUCCCACAGAACACCGCCGUGGGAUCCUCCACCUCUGCUGCUGUUGGCAGCAUCCUCAGCUCUGAGGGAGUGCCCAUCAGCUCCGGGGGCUUUGACAUCUCCUGCAUCACCAACUGCUACGGUGGCAGCAGAUGUUGUCGUCCCUGCUAAAAAUGCUGCUGCCGACAUCCUUAGGCAAGAACCUCCAAGACCUCAGGACAUGCUGCUGGA